AUGGCUUCUACCGAAGCUGAACCCCGCAGCGUCAUCGUCAUCGACGACGAUACAGAUGCAGAGACACCUCGGUCCCCGCCGCGAGAGCUACGGAGAAAGAGACGCCUUGUGGACUAUAGCCUCCCGGAGUAUGAGGCUCUGUUUGAUGGCCCAGCGCUCCUCAAUUCCUCCGCAUCCACAACAUCACAGCCGCCGAAGAAACGCAAAAUACCCAACUUGAAAGUAGUUCUGGCGACAGCAAAUCAAGAAAUUCACACCAUAUUUGAAGCAGAGUCCGCGAAGAUCGGGGACCUACAGGAAGAAGUGCGGCGCCUGAAGAAGAGCAACACCGAGCUAGAAAUCAAGCACCGUGCAGAGCUGAUCAGGAAAAACGAGAAGAUCUGCAAGCUAGAGGCUGAGAGUGGAAAACCCUCCUGUGCGGGCACAGGUUCUGCCCAGGGUGCCUCUCUCCUGACCCAGAGACCUGUGGAUCAUGUCGUCGAGAUUUCACUGGCUAUAUAA